UACCUCAAAAAAUGGAGUUCACCAAAUCUCCACCGUCCGAUCACAAACCCUCACCAGCAAAUCAACCUUCACCGUCGGAUCAAUGGAGCACAAAAACACCAGAGAAGCCUAUCCCACCAAAUCCCAUCCCACGGUCACUACUAUUCUCCUUGAAAGACGUCAGAGAAGCCGCUCAGAAGCUCCGAAAACCCGACCCGACCCGAAUUGAGAUUUCUGACCCGAUAUUAAGCUCCGAUGAAGCGAAAUCUCCAUCGGUAUGUGAAUCGCCGACGUUUGAUCGGAAGAAAAAUGUUAAUUCGGUAAACCUGCCGGAAAAGUAUGAGAUGUUGGAAAAGUUCUUCAAUAGCAUGGACAGUUCAAUUCGGCUGCUGCAUUUGAAGGGCACUGCAACAACUUUCACUAAUAUUGGUGCCAAAGUAGAGAGUUUGAUUGAUAAGAGGUUUUCUUAUAGCCAUUUAGCUCAGCUGAAGUUUAUUUUACCUGAAGCCAUUGAGAUAAAGAAGAUCCUCAAGCAUGAUGAACGCAGUUGCUGCAUGAAGCCGGAUCUUUAUAUCACGUUAAAUGCAAAUGCAGUUGAUAGUAGUGAGAAGUGGAAAUCUAACAGUAGUAGUGUUCUAUUGAGGAAAGUAUUCCGCUCUCGGCUCUUGGAUUUCUUCAAGUCUCACCCUGAGGGUGAUGACAUUCCUGAGGAAAUGCUUCCAGGCUCAUUCACUCCGUCUAAGCAAGCGCUGACCAACUCAUCUGGACCUUCUAGCUCGUCCUUAACCAGUGAGGCAUCUAAUGGUGCGUCUCCUCUGCAGUCCAUAGCUGCAUCUCACCUGUCUGCAUCUUUUCGGAGAUGCUUUUCUAAUCAGGCAUCUAUUACUGGAGGAAAGGAUGCCAAGAAAGUAGACAGAGUUGGGCUCGUGUCCAUAACUCCACCUCCAAUGCCUCUCAAAGUUAAAAGUUCCACUAAGAAGAAAGCAGUAUCAUGUGCUGAUGCUCCUAAAUUCUCCUUAGAACAAAGUAGUAAUAUGAAAUACACAUCAGGAGGGAUUAUUUCGGCUAGUUCACCAUCAUGUCAACAGCCGGCACCUCAUAUGAUGGAAGCGAAAAAGGGUGAAGAUGGUGCUAUGUCUGUUCCAGCAACCCCUAUGCUUGAACCUCCUAAGAGAUGUCACAUGAGUCCAGAUGAUGAUGCAGCUGAAUCACCAAUAAAACUAGCUAGACGCCCUUCGACUAAAAGGUCGUUAUUCUUUGACACUCCCGUGAAGAGUUCAAACGCUGCUGAUCAAGUCUGUGAGAGUGGAAGGUUCUCAACUGAUGAUGAUAUUCUUGACAUUCUUCCUGAGAAUCUUCUGCAAUCGAUCAAAGAAAAAGAGAGUCAAGCACUAGCGGAGCGAAGUCCAGCCAUAUCCCAGGCAAAAAGGCGCAAACAGAUGAUUGCUUGUUUGCCUCGCCUCUUUGACAUGAUUUAUUUCCUAUUUCAAUCUAUUAAACGUUCUGUCAUGACGAAAGAGGAGCUCAUGCACAGAGUAAUUUCAAGCCAUUUGGAGAUUACUGAUAAAAGUGAAGUUGAACACCAACUCAUAUUACUGCAAGAAUUGGCUCCCGAAUGGAUUUAUGAGAAACAAGGAUUUAGUGGAACUCUCCUCUUAUCUGUUAACAAGAUAUCAAAUCCCGACACAAUUCGUUCAAGACUAGCAGAAGCCAAGUGAGAAAUAGGAAAAUAGUGAUUGCACUUUAUUUUAGCAAGUUAGUGAAGGAAUAACAAUGUAGUAAAAGCUGUAAAUAAUAGUGUUUUGUUUAAUUAAGUAGAUAUUUUUACAGCAAACACUUCUGUUGCACCAAUGGCCUGUGGAGUUGUGAUUUUAUCUCAUUCUUAGUAAUUAGAUCUUUGUUUUCAA